AGCCUUCUCCAACAAAUGCUUCUGCAACGAAAUCCUAAUCCUCUCAAAUCCAUCACCGACCUCGAGUGGUGGUUCCAUGGUCCGCCGACCCACCAGUUCUUGAUGCGCCUCCUCACCGGCUCCCAAAACAAAUCGUUUCAGUUCGUCCCCGAGUCCAUCGCCUCCUUCGGCCUCACCGUCCUCGUCGAGGGCUGUGACCGCGACUGCUCCAUUUCCUGGGUCCACGCCUGGACCGUCGCCAGUGGUGUAGUCACCGGCGUCCGCGAAUACUUCAACACCACUCUCACUGUGCUCACCUGGAACAACACCGCCACCAAAAUCGAGCACCACCAGGCUUCUCGGGUGAUCGGAACUGGGACUUUCGGGUGUGGGAGUGCUAUUGUGGAAGGAAGAGGAUUAUCCAUACACUGGUACUGAUCGUGGAACCUGCAAAUUUGACAAGAGCAAAAUUGCAGCAUCAGUUUCCAAUUUCAGUGUCAUCUCCCUUGAUGAAGACCAAAUUGCUGCAAACCUUUUCAAAAAAAAAAAAAAAAAAAAAAAAA